AUGUCCUUCUCCAGAUCCUCUGCCUCUGCCCUCAAGCAGGCCCUCAGGACCACCGCCCCCAGGGCCUCCCGAGGUGCCGCCCUCAGGUCCUACUCCCUCCUCACCGGCGCCGCCCCCAGGGCCAUGGCUACCCGACUCGGUGCCACCCGAGGUGUCAAGACUCUUGACUUUGCCGGCACCAAGGAGGACGUCUACGAGCGUGCUGACUGGCCCCUCGACAAGCUCCAGGAGUUCUUCAAGAACGACACCCUUGCUAUGAUCGGUUACGGCUCUCAGGGUCACGGUCAGUCCCUCAACGCCCGUGACAAUGGCCUCAAGGUCAUUGUCGGUGUCCGAAAGGGUGGUGAGUCCUGGAAGCAGGCUCAGGAGGACGGAUGGGUGCCCGGAGAGACCCUCUUCGACAUCCCCGAGGCUAUCGCCAAGGGUUCCAUCAUCAUGAACCUUCUUUCCGAUGCCGCCCAGUCUCAGACUUGGUCCGAGCUCGCUCCCCUCAUCACCAAGGGCAAGACUCUCUACUUCUCUCACGGUUUCUCCGUCGUCUACAAGAACGACACCAACGUUGAGGUUCCCAAGGACGUUGAUGUCAUUCUCGUUGCCCCCAAGGGUUCUGGCCGAACUGUCCGAACCCUCUUCCUUGAGGGCCGAGGUAUCAACUCCUCCAUCGCCGUCUACCAGGACGUGACCGGUCAGGCCAAGGACAAGGCUAUUGCCCUUGGUAUUGCCGUCGGUUCCGGUUACUGCUACGAGACCACCUUUGAGAAGGAGGUCUACUCUGACCUCUACGGAGAGCGAGGUGUCCUCAUGGGUGGUAUCCAGGGUAUGUUCCUCGCCCAGUACGAGGUCCUCCGAAAGAACGGCCACUCCCCCUCCGAGGCCUUCAACGAGACCGUCGAGGAGGCUACCCAGUCCCUCUUCCCCCUCAUCGGCAAGUACGGUAUGGACUACAUGUACAACGCCUGCUCCACCACUGCCCGACGAGGUGCCCUCGACUGGGCCCCCAGGUUCAAGGAGGCCAACCUUCCCGUCUUUGAGGCUCUCUACAAGUCCGUCAAGGACGGUUCCGAGACCCGACGAUCCCUCGAGUUCAACGGCCGAAAGACCUACCGAGAGGACCUCCAGAAGGAGCUUGACGAGAUUGACAACCAGGAGAUCUGGAGGGCCGGUAAGACCGUCCGAGCUCUUAGGCCCGACGCCAACAAGGACGAGCUUUAA